UGCUGCACGGGGGCACGCGGCUUUGUGCGAGGAUUACCUCAGCUUUAUCCCUGGGAAUAAAAGAUGUGUGCUGAUUGGUCCAGAGAGCCUGUCACUUGUCCAGCUCAACAGGUUGCUUGCUUAGAAUUACACCUGCCCAAUGAUGAGUUUGAAGGGCAAGAUUUUCUACCUUGCGGCACUUGUCACACGGCCUCAUUCAGGACGUAAGUGAUGUGCAACCUGCUGAAUGGGAGCGCUGGGGGGAAGCGGUGAGCUGUUAUGGGGAUUUACAGAGGCCCGCGGCUCUUGGACUUUGCAAAAACCCCUCCGCACCUGCAGUUCAACAAAUAUGUCCUAACAGGCUACCGGCCGGUCUCUACCGCUCAGGAGUGUCUCAGGAGUGUCUUCUACAUGCACAAUGAGCUGGGGAACAUUUACACUCACGGUAUCCCAUUCUUCCUUUUCUUGGUGCUGCUGCCUUUCAACAUCCCGUGGAAGGAAGUAGAGAGCUUCUGGAUCUGUGUGGUCCACUACCUGGCCUGCCUGUGUCCAACCAUUGGCUCAGUCAUCUACCACGUGUUCAUGAACCAUGUAGGGGGAGAACACAUGUACGACACGCUGCUCUCCCUGGACAUGUUUGGGGUCUGCCUCGUGAACACACUUGGGGCGCUUCCCAUCAUCCAUAUCACACUUCUUUGCUAUCCAACCAUCCAACAGACUGCCUUACUGGCCUACAUCCUGUUGUCGACCUACGGGAUCUACUGCGCCACCACGGCUCGAACAAACAUCCAACGGCUGCAGGCGUUUGGUUGGCAGGCCCUGUUCCGCUUCAGCCUCUUCCUGUACCGGGUGUUUGGCAGUGGUGUGGGCAGCCCAAAUUCUCUCCGCCUCUUUGUCAUCAUGGACUCAUUGGCCGUAGCUGGGGGCCUUGUGAACAUCAUCCAGAUCCCUGAACGCUUCAGGCCUGGCCUGUUUGAUAAUUGGGGAAAUAGCCAUCAGAUCAUGCAUAUCAUGGUGAUUUGUGCUAUUAUCUACCUGCACUGGGGCACUUUGGAGGACUUGGCCUGGAUUAAGACCUUCCAAUGUCCUGAUCCAUGAUGCCAAGCACAUAACGCACAAAACGCUAUGCUGAUAACACAAAUUUAAGAAGGUUAAGGUAUUUAAUGAAGCAAGAGGAAGAUGUUCUGAAUUGCGCUUUAGCCAUAGCUGCUGGCAACGAGUGUGUGCUAAAAGGUGCAGUCCCCUUCUUUCUAAAAAUGAUUUUCUUCACUUCCACUAUAAUUUUUUCUUUUAAAUAAAGGAUUCACAAGCC